GGCGGGGGAGGGGGGAAGACCCGUGGGUGCCUGACCCCUCCCUGCGCCCGGUGCUGGCCCAGGGCCGAGGCGCGGCCACUCCUCCAGCACACCUCUGUGAUCUCCGGCUCCUCCGCCCACCCCCUCCUAGAACCAACCCCAUCCCAAGACCCUGUUUCUUUCUUUCACAGCCCUUAUCAUGACCGGUCCUUAGGUUAUUCAGUAUUAGAUUAUUUUUAAUUCAUACACUAUUGUUUAUUUUUGUCUGUUUGUUUACAGUGUCUCUUCCCUGCUGGAAUGUAGGCUUCUGGAGAGAGGGCCUUUGUUUUCCCCACUGUUUUAUUCUGUUACUUCCAACAAAUACUUCUUCAGGGCAUUGGGAUUACCCCUGGAGCCACGCCAAGUCACUGUCUAGACAUUCUGGGGCUGGGGACAGCACUGUAAACACAAGGGAGAUCUUUGAGGGAUGGAGGAAAUGAAAAUGAGGGGCUGUGGUUGGGUCAUCUUGGAUCAGACCACGUUGAUGGUCAGCAGCAUCUUAGAAAAUGUGAUCAAGGCAGGCCUCUCAGAUUAGGUCAUUUAAAUUAAAGCCCACAGAUAAACUAUGUGACAAGUGCUAGAAGGGAAAAGCUAUGAGGGCACUUAACUCUGACCUAGCCUCAGAGGGCAAGGAGCUGAGGUCUGAAUAGUGAAGGUCAAGGCAAUAGGACCACAGUCUCUUGAACUGCUCCCAGGAGCCUGGCCUGGGUAGGUGGGUUGGUAGGGGAUUAUCAGGGGCCUGGGAAGGCUUCUUGGAGGAGAUGGUGGUUUCACUGGGCCCCAAAGUUGAGAGUUUUCAUCUUUAGGAUAGGUUGACUGGGUUUGAGAAUUAUUUUGCAGGUACACUGGAAAUCACGUGGUCAAGUGGUUGUGCUUUGUGGCCAGACAAGAGAGGCCCCUGCCUCCACCUAUGAAGCUCUGCUGUUCUUAAGGGAGCCAUGAAGUUGAAUGAGAGAAGUGUGACCCACUAUGCACUGAGCAACUCCCCAGCAGACCACAUGGGCUUCCUGCGCACUUGGGGGGGCCCAGGGACUCCACCCACCCCCAGUGGCACUGGCCGAAGGUGCUGGUUUGUCCUCAAGGGCAACCUACUGUUCUCCUUUGAGAGUCGAGAAGGCCGGGCCCCUCUGGGGCUGGUGGUGCUGGAGGGCUGCACAGUGGAAUUGGCCGAGGCCCCCGUGCCUGAGGAGUUUGCCUUCACCAUCUGCUUCAACGCUCCCGGUGUGCGACCAUACCUGCUUGCAGCUGAUGGACCGGCAUCCCAGGAGGCCUGGGUGAAGGCGCUGUCCCGGGCAAGCUUUGGCUACAUGCGCCUGGUGGUGCGUGAGCUGGAGAAUCAGUUGCGUGAUGCCCGCCAGAGCCUGGCCUUGCAUCGCCAUUCAUCCUGGAAGGACAGUAAAAGCCGCUGUAAGACCCAGGCUCCAGACCAGUUGUCUCGGGGCCUAGAGAAUGGCCACUCCUCCAGUGAUUGCAGCUCUAUGGGCUUAGUGGAAGUAGUGGGCAGCAGGCCAGCAGGGCGGAGCUUGGUGGAAUGUGAGUUGCAGGGCCCUGCCAGUCUCCUCCUAGGCAGGGGCCAGAGCCCCGUGUCCCCUGAGACCUCUUGCUUCUCUACCCUGCACGAUUGGUUUGGCCAGGAGAUCCUGGAGCUGAGGCGGGGGUGGCUGCAGAGGGCCCAGGGGAGCCAGCCAAAAUGUGAGGAACAGGAUAGGCCCUGAACCUGGGCGCUUUGGGUUCUGCCCUUGUCCUGCUGGUCAGGACACCAGGGCCAAUUCUUUUUUUAGUUUGAUGUUUACUCAUUUCCAAAGUUGCUUUUUAAAAUUUCUUUUUAUUUUUAUUAGCAUUUUUUU